ACGAGUCGGUUUCCACAAUCUCGUCACAGUUUUUUUUAUCGAGUCAACAAAUUUUUUUAGUUCUAUAUUAUUUUAAAUGUAGUGUGGACGUGUAUUUAAAAGAUGGUGUCGUGUAAAUUAUUAAGUUUCAGCGCGUUUUUCGUGCUCUCAGUUAGUGUUAAAUUAAGUGUCACUCAGGUAGAUGUUGGUACAGACACGACAAGUCCGGACCCACUAUCAACAACAAUAUGUACGACAUGCUCCUGCGCAGAUGGUGUGGUCAACUGUAUGAAUCUGAACCUCACUACAUUUUUUGAAAUUCCUGAUUGGGAUGGUCUCAAGGAUUUCAAACCUCUAUCAGUGAAUCUAAGCCAGAAUUCCAUCACACACAUAUCAAGGAUAUCAAAAUUACCUAUCCGAGAAUUGAACCUGUCUAAUUGCGAUAUUCAGACAAUAGAAGAUGGAAGCUUCAUAUAUUUGGAAGAUUUAGCAAUUCUGGAUUUAUCUAAUAAUAAAAUAUCCACCUCAGCAAUUAACAAGAAGGUUUUUGCUGGUCCUCUAGGCAUACUUGGUCCAGUGAACUUCAAAAAUAUGCAGUAUCUAAGUUUAGCUAAUAACGACCUACACUCGUUGGCACAAGAUCUAUUUUUGUUUAUGCCUGACUUGCUGCAUUUGGAUUUGAGUGACAAUCCCCUAGCUUUCAUAGAUCAGGUCACUAUGGGUGCUAUUUCUGAUUUGAAGUACUUAAGGGAGCUAAGACUAAGCAACUGUGAACUGGAGACGUUGCCUGAUGGUCUACUCAGAAGACAGAGGAAAUUACGACGUCUGGACCUAAGUAACAAUAGGUUUACCACAAUCCCAGCAGUCCUGAAAGAAGCUCCCAGUCUGGUGUAUUUGAAUCUGGAUAGGACGCCUAUACAGACAUUGGAUUCUAGCGCGUCUUUAGGCAAUUUGACAAAAUUACAAGAACUAAGUUUAAGUAGGCUGAGUAGACUUCAGAACGUGUCAGCGGGGGCGUUAGCUGGUCUAGGUGACUUAGUCAUUCUAAGGAUGAACUACAACCCUAGACUGACUAAUCUAGACCCAGAUUUUCUGGUGUCGAAGAAUGAAGAUGAUGAGGAGUUGUGGCCGAAUCUUAGAGAGUUAUACCUAAAUAACAAUAAUCUAUCCACCAUAGACUCUGGAAUACUAGAUAACUGGAAGGAGUUGGUGGCAGCAGACUUUUCAACCAAUCCAUUUAUUUGUGACUGUAAGAAUCAGUGGGUGGUCGACGUGCUUGUACCGUUGUUAGUCACGAUGUCUGCUAACUCCACUAUUAAUAAUAUGGUUUGUAAAAAGCCGGCCGAACUGAAAGGCUUAACGUUUGGCCAGCUGAACGAGGCCUCAAAAACUUUAGUCUGCUCCGAGGCUGAGAGUAUCACAGAGGUACAGGUCUCCAAUAUGGCGAUAAUCCUAGGAAUUAUGAUUGGUAUAGUAGUAACCUUCCCAAUGGUAUUGGUGUUAGUUCUCCUAUGGAGACGAGGGUUCUUCUCCAGGUUGAGAGAAGGCAAGCCAGACUAUGAUGAAGAAGCUGAAGAUCUGUAGAUAUUUCUAGAAGAUUAGUCUUAGUGGACUCGGGUAUGUCCUAAAACUGCGACCAGCCACCGAGAGAAGAAAACUGAAAUCCCCAACUAAAUUUCCAAGUGUGGGGAUUAUGGAAAAUCCUUCUAUAGCGGGGAUUUUGUUCAGCAGUGGACGUCUGAUGACGAUGUUGAAGAAUAUAGUGUCAAAUGCAGAAGAAGAAUAUAUUAAAUGUAACACCCACUUUUCACCAGUUUUGUUAUGAGUCCCAUGUAAUAGGGGGUGAAUUUCAAGAUUUGAAAAACCCUUAUAGUUAGUUUGUCGAAGCGAGUAAAAUAAAUUCGGUAUGUCAGAUACUGAAGAGACAGAGAAUAAAGUACUUACCUGCGUAACGUAUCUAUGUUUGUAUCAAACUGAAAUUUAUGUGUAUUUUGUGAAUAUAUAUUCUGUCAAUGAAAU